AUGAAUCAAAUACCAGCACCCGUUAUGAAAUUUCAAAACUCUGCUAAUGCAGAAUGGAGCAAUUCGUUAAAAGUUAUUUGUAGUUUAUCCAUUGCUUCUCUGGUAUUCUCUAUUAUUAUCGCUGGUGUCGGAGUAGCCGGAUUAAUCUUACCUGAUAAAGUUGGUCCUUUUACCAUCGGGAUGGUUGAAGGUUAUCAUUGGUUUUGGGUUCCUGGUAUGCUUUUUAUCACUAGCAUCAUAGGAAUCUGUGCAUACAGAAAUGGUGAAUAUAGACACUGCGCGGCAACAACUCAUCUGGUGUUUUCGAUUUUUACCAUCCUUACGGUUAUUGCUGGAUUGGCUCUUUGUGGAGUAGCAUUAGUGAAUAUGAAAAAAUUAGUCCUUGGAUGGCUCUUUGCAAUUGUGCAAAUUUUCCCAUUCUUUAAACCAUCUAAUACUCAAUUGAUUUUUGGUUAUUGUGGUACUGGCGUAGUUGCUGCCAUUUACCUCUUUUUCUUGUACUACAGCAUGCAUAGUUCUAUAAUGUAUUGUAGGAUGCCAAAACAAACGUUAACCCACGAUGUUAAUGUUUCAAUUCGACCGCAAAUGCUGCAAGACUCUAGUGGAAUGAACUAUAACUAUCUACCGGCCAAUAAUAAUUUACAAAAUAACUAUUCAGUUUAAAUAUGCCACUUGAUAGUAGAGUACAUAAAGGAAUUAAUCAGCGAUUAAUCAGCACUUUGAUAGUCCUAGAUGUUAUUUUGUAAACGUGGCGAUAUCUUUUUUAUGCGUAUUUACUCCAGUAGUUUGUUGUGUUUUCGACUUCAGAUAAAG